UAGUUAUCCUAAUUCGAACAACAGCAAACAAAUUUCGCAUCCUAGAGCAUUUCUUUAUAGUCUAUAGGUCUAGCGUACGAAGGGAUCUCUUUGUUGACAUAAUGUCUCAAGACAGUUUCUAUUCAGACAUCGAACUUGCCGCAUUGAGGGGCGACUUUGAGAAUUUUGAGCGCCUGUACAGAGAGGGAAACUAUGACCCCAACCACGUGUCGGAGAGCGGCAUGACCUUUCUUCAUUACUCAGCUGGCUGCACUUGUGAAGAAAAAGCACUUCCCAUCGUCAUGUUCCUGAUUGAGGAAAACGCCAAUCCUUAUGUGGAAGACGCCAACUUUGGAAGGCUUCCUUUUCACUACACAGGCCGCUGAAAAUGGACAUCACCAAAUCUUGGAUCUUUUCGUCAGACUGGGCGUUGACGUUAACGUCAAGGACAGAUUUGGCAUGUCCGCCCUAGAGAUUCUGGUUGAUGCUAAAAAAAACGCAGCAACCGUGUCGUGGCUCGUGAUUCGUGGAGCCAGGCUGACCAAAAAUAUUGAGCUGGAUCCUACCACGUUGUCGAUCGUGGGAUUUAGACCUAUUCCCAAGUGCAUCGAGCCGACUUCGGAUCUUGACAACGCGGGGGAAACAGACGGAAAGUCGGUUUCGGUCAGUUGGGAGCGGAAAGUGAAGGUCCCUGAUGGGAACGAUAUAUGUCUCAGUAUAGGGGAUAAGCUUCUCUAUACCAGGAAGACGCUUCUCACGGAAUACAGCGGCUAUUUUUCUAGAGUCCUACACGAGCUAUCUGAUAAGAAAAGCGUAUCCGUUCCCAUCUCUUACGAUAGCAUGUACUCCAUUCUGGAAUGGCUAUAUACCGGGGAGAUUAAGACAAAUGACAUGAAGCUUGCGUUCUGCAUAUGGAACGAUGCCAAUAACUUUGAGAUGACCGCGUUGGCGAAGUACACGCAAGUGAAGAAGUUGAUACCCUUGAUUCAGAGAAACUUUCCCAACGACGACGAAGAAUCUCGAGGAAUCAAGUUUCUAAAGUUCGUGUUUCAGGUAUUUUGGCGUUUUAUCAAUGUGAAGGACGCGAGAUACAUUGUGAGAUUUACUUCAGUGAUACUUCUUCAAAACAUAGCAGCCGUGUAUGCGUACUGCUGCAACGAGUGGAAUGAGGCUCAAUUGACGGAGUUCAUUGAGCUCCUCUAUGCCGCCGUUGAAGGUCUGGUUCAUCCGGGCGCAACCAUUGAAAUGCAGUACAAAUCUAUCAGGGCCAAGGACAUUAAGUUGUUAGAGAACAUCGAAUUCCCUCUAUUAGAGUUCACUCAAGACCAGAAAGCUGGUGCAUAUGACGAACAACAGUCUGACCCAAGUGGUCAGUCCCGAGCAGGGAUUUUUGAUUUCGCGACUGGCAUCUUCAAAUCGUUUCUCCAACUGCUUAAAGGAUACUCUUUGCCGAUGAACCUGCACCCUUCGGUCGAGGAGGGGGAGGCUGGACAGGCGGUUGCACGGCCUGACUUGGUUACGAUGCAAAUCAAGUCCUUUGAUCAAAACGAUGGCAAGGCGUAUCCCGUGGUGAAGUUCGUCGUUAGGAAGCCCAUCAAAUACUUUUGGACCGGAGAAAGAACCAUACAGCUUGAGGACGAUUCCUGGUGCAGAAUUAGUUCCGAGGACAAUGAGGAGGUUGUCAAGCAGGUUUUCCUCUACGACCUGGUACAAAAGAUAGAGAUCACUUCAGGGACGACCGUGUCAAUUUACUUCGGAAAGGGAGUAGAGGUGUAUUAUAUGAUGAGUAGGGAGGAUGCAGACAGGCUGGUACAGAUCAUCAACGAGCGUCGUAAUUCCAAACCGGUAGAGGUUAUUAGGAGAUAACAGCUGGACCAGGGUAGCGGAGGGCUCGUCGCGACCGCGCAUCCGUCUUUUAUGCAAAAACAGCACAGUUUCAUUGUGUGUGAAAGUGUGAAAAUGUGUUUCUCUGUUGUACAAAAAAUUGGAUAGACCUUUACGGAACAGAAGUGGGCGUCGUGCAGAUACAUAAAUUGUAUUUUGUUGAGUUUUUUGCGUGGCGGAUUGUGU